CGUCUGUGUUUUUCAAAAGUUAUGCUGAAGCUGUGAUUUACAGUGGUAGCAGACCUGCGCUGCACCGGAGUAAUUAAGGAGCGUCCUGAUUGGACAGGGAGAUAAUCCCGGUGGGCCUCGCAGUGCUACUAACGCGCGAGUGGCACAGAGCGCGAGUCACAAUCUGCCCAAGGCGAGGGCAAGACGCACACCAAGAGGAACCAGGGACGCGAGCGCACCAGUCUCCCCCACGCGUCUUUACGCGCGCCUUACGAGCGUGACGAGCGGUCGGUGCGCAAUUAGUGUUCCUGUAGACGUUCACAGACGAUGCGCAGAAGACAAAAGUCUUGUGUACAGACAAGUGAAGACAAGACCAAGGGGUCUACUUAAAAUAGACAGAGUCACACAGCAGCGCUCACGAGGGGGAAUCCGUAAAGAAUAACCCAAGUUGAACCAGCAAAGUGAGUAGCGCGAUCUUCAAUCUAAACCAGGACGGCGAGAGUUUUUUUUAAAUAAUAAUUUUAUUUUACAAAGCAUUGUUUUGGAAAUCAACAAUGAAUCCUGGGGACGAGAACCUGCUGAAGGCGAUCAGCAACGACACGCUCCUCGACCUGACGCAGCGCUACGGCCAGUCCGCCUUCGGGUUCGGCGCUGGGCAUGGUGCUGCAGGGAGCCCCGGCCGCUACCCCCUGACGCCCGCCGCCGACUUCCUGUCAAGCCAGACCGCCAAGUCCAACGAGAGCGGCGGGGAGCAGACGAGCGAUGACGACGACGGCUUCGACCUGGAGUCGCGCAAGAGGGGCUCGGCGUUCGACGACGACGACAAGCACGGCGGACCCCUGGCCAAGAAGCCCAAGGAGCAGCGGUCCCUGCGGCUCAGCAUCAACGCGCGGGAGAGGAGACGGAUGCACGACCUGAACGACGCGCUGGACGGCCUGCGCUCCGUCAUCCCCUACGCGCACAGCCCCUCGGUGAGGAAGCUCUCUAAAAUUGCCACUCUACUACUGGCCAAGAACUAUAUCCUGAUGCAGGCGCAGGCCCUGGAGGAGAUGAGGCGGCUGGUUUCCUACCUGAACCAGGGACAGACUAUUACUUCCCCGAUCCCCGCCGCCCUGGCGCCCUUUGGACAGGCUGCAGUUUACCCUUUCUCGGGUUCGACAUUGGCCACCUGCGCUGAGAAGUGCACCACCACUUAUUCUGGGACACCGUCCAGUCUUUUCAAGCACUGCAACGACAAGCCUUGAUGUGAUACGAGGCUCAUAGCAGAACUUUUACCCGCGUUGCAUCUAUUGUCAGUCUCUCUCUCUUACACACACACACACACACACACACACACACACACACACACACACACACACACACACACACACACACACACACACACACACACACACACACACACACACACACACACACACACACACACACACACUCUCUCUCUCACUCUCACUCGCUCUCUAUCCCUCUCCAUCCCUCUGUCUCUCUCUUUCUCCCAUACCAGUUAUUUAAGUACAUUCUGUGGAGAAAAUGGUUGUCCAUUUCAAAGACAUUUGAAUCACAUGACUAUAGGCCUACUGUCUACCGUCUACUAAGCGUGACACAAAUAAAAGAUGUGUAGACAUAUUUAUGGCAGGGUGUAAGUGAAGUUGAACGACUCACGGUUGAACAGAAUAACUUUCAUUUCAAGACAGCUUGCCCUUUUUAUUUAUUUUAAAUGGUGGGAAUAUCUAAGAGCGCUUAGACUAUUGUCAUUUAUCAUUUGUAAACUAUGCAACAUUAUACAACGUCUCCAAAUUGUAUUUGAAAACCCCAAGAAUGAGAUCCAAGCUGCAUUUACCUUCUGCAACGGCAAUACACAUUGUAGGAUAACUUAUCUGUUCUAUUGAGUGGAAAACGUGAUUUUGGAUAUUAGCACUUAAUAACUGCUUCUAAAGCAGUUGUUUUUUGUUUACGCAUAGGCCUACUUUACAUGAUGGUAGAACUGUGCAUAAAAUACUUCUUGCCCAACGUCUGUCAUAAUAAGGAUGAAAACAUCAUAAAAAACUGAAAAAUGCAUUUUGUUUUUGUCGCAACAUGAUUUUCACCUUGGCCUAUUAUUUUUAUGUCUUUAUAAUUAAAUCACAUAUCUAUGCUUGGA